AGCAAAUGUGGAAGAAGACAGAGAAGCAACUAUGGCACGGUUUCUACAUGGCUUAAAUCAUGAUAUAGCUAAUGUGGUAGAGCUGCAGCAUUAUGUGGAAUUAGAAGAUAUGGUGCAUAUGGCAAAGAAAGUAGAAUGGCAACUCAAGCGUAAAAGAGCCACCAACAAAAUUGGGCAAAUUUUAGGUUCCUCAUCUUCUUGGGGGCAUGUUGCAUCGCAAUGUGUUAAUAAGCACACGAUGAUCUUGAGAGAAGAUGGAGAAAUUGAAACUGAGGGUGAAUUUGAUGAUGAAUCUAUGCCACCAUUAGAAGAUGCUAAUGAUGGUGUGGAAUAUGCUGUUGAUGGAGAACUGCUUGUCACCAGUCCUAAAGAUUGUUAUCCGAUGCCGAACAUUGACAAAGUGGUUGAGGCAGCUUUUGGAAAUGAGAGAUUAAGUCUCUUAGAUGCAUAUUCUGGUUAUCACCAAGUCCCGAUAGCUCCUGAGGAUGAAGAGAAUACCUCAUUCUAUACAUGUGAUGAAAUCUAUUGUUAUGUCAUGAUGCCCUUUGGCUUAAAGAAUAGCCUGAAAGCCAAAGAUCAUUUAGCUGAUCUCGAUGAGACAUUCAACAAUCUGAGAAAGAACAGAAUGCAAUUGAACCUAACAAAAUGCAUCUUUGGUUUGGAGUCUAGAAAAUUUCUAGGCUUCAUGGUAUCCAAGAAGGGGAUUGAGGUUAACCCAGAAAAGAUCAAAGCAAUAGCUGAGAUGGAACCGCCGAGGUCAAUAAAGGAUGUACAGAGAUUAACAGGGAGAGUGGCAGCUUUUCACAGCUUACCCUUUUUGUUGACAAAAGUUGUUGAUGGAAAGAUCCUUUAUUUGUACCUCGGCAUGUCAAACGAAGCAAUUGGUUCUGUACUAGUACGAGAAGAAGGGAAGCAGCAAAAACCAGUUUAUUAUACCAGCAGUGUAUUACAUGGAGCAAAGGUAAGGUAUUCCAUUGUUGAGAAAGCAGCAUUAGCAGUUGUCACUUUGACUAGGAAGUUGAGGCCAUAUUUCCAGUCACACCCGAUUAUAAUCCUCACAGACCAACAUCUUCGACAUAUUUUACAAAAGCUAGAAUGCUCAAGAAGAUUGAUCAAAUUGGCUGUGGAACUUGGGGAAUUCGAGAUCACAUUUCAACAGAGGUUAGCAAUUCGAGCUCAAGCACUAGCAGAUUUUAUUGUGGAAUGCACCUCGGAUCACUCAAAUUCUAACCCCGAGCCGAAUAGCUGGAUUCUAUAUGUUGAUGGAGCAUCAAGUAACAAAAGCUUUGAAGCUGGUGCAAUCCUAGUUGGCCCAAAUGGAUAUCGAAGGAUGAGGUUGAGGAAGAAAGCGUCUCGGUACACACUUGUUGAUGGAGUCCUCUAUAAGAGAUCUUUCUCACUCCUCCUCCGAUGCUUGAACCUUUCUGAAGCUGAAUACACACUUCGGGAGGUACAUGAAGGCGUAUGUGGAAGUCAUGUUGGUGCUAGAACCCUGGCUCAUAAAGUCCUUAGACAAGGAUAUUACUGGCCGAAUAUGUAUAAGGAUGCCAUUCACUUUGUACAGAGGUGCCUAAAGUGCAAAUUCUUUGCACACUUAACUCACCAACCAACAAAAGAGCUCACUAACUUGGUGGCACCGUGGCCAUUGGCUCAAUGGGGACUUGAUCUUUUAGGCCAAUUUAUAAAAGGGGUUGAAGGUGUAACCCAUCUGGUCGUUGGUGUUGAUUAUUUUACGAAAUGGGUUGAAACUCGACCAUUAUCUAGCUUUAGCUCCAAAAAGGUUGAAGACUUUGUUUUCAGCUCAAUCAUCUACAGAUAUGGGAUCCCGAAUCAAAUUGUGGUUGAUAAUGGCAUUUAGUUUAACUAUUCUUCAUUUAGAGAUUUCUACUUCAGUUACGGGAUCAAAUUACAGUUUACCUUGGUAUACCAUCCGAAGUCCAAUGGUAUGGUGGAAUCUAUCAACAAAGCUAUCCUUGAGGGAAUAAAGCUGAGGUUGGAGC